AUGCCCGUAUCUGACCGCUUCUUCUGUCCAACUGUGGAGACAAUGUCCACCAUGCUCGGCCUCUCGCCCAGCACAGCUGGCGUGACGCUAUUGGCGCUUGGGAACGGAGCGCCUGAUGUGUUCUCAUCUCUAGCGGCGAUCGUUGGGGGGAACCCGAAAGUGGGGCUGGGAGCAGUUGUCAGUGCAGGCGCAUUCGUCACGUGUUUCGUGGUGGGCUGCGUGGCAGUCGCAGCUGCUCCCUUCCCCGUGCGACCGCGCCCGUUCCUGCGUGACUCGUGCCUCUUUGCAACAGGCGUGCUGCUACUGCUCCUCAUAUACCUCUCAGGCCACGUGUACCUCUGGCAGGCAGUUGGCCUCGUAGCCUUUUAUAUCUGCUUCGUUGCCGUGGCUAUAGUGUCCAAUGCAUGGGAGCCGCCAGACCCACCCCAUCCACAUUCCCAUGGUCACGCCCGUGAUGUAUCCCCUCCUUCCCCCACCCCCUCCCUCCCCGCGUCGGCGCGUCUCUCCCCUUUCCCCACUCCCCUUGCAGCUGCGUGCACGCCUGCACAUGCUCUUUCAGAUCUGCGAGCGUGCCUGCACGUCGUCUUUGACCCGCUGCGCCUGGCCACCAUCCCAUCCAUCGACCCCUCUGCAUGGGACAUCCGAUACGCCACUGCCAACGUCGUCCUCUGCCCUCUCAUCGCCAUCCACACCACCCGCGCCCUCCUCCCCCCCGACUCCAACCUCCUCUUCUUCCUCCCGCCCCUCGACCCCCCCUCCUCCUUCUCCUCCACCUCCCUCUCCUCCCAUUCCCCCUCCGCCUCCCCCGCCUCCUCCCUCUUCUCCUCCUCCUCCACCCUCUCGACCUCCUCCCUCGCCGUCCGCUCGUUCGUGCUCAUUCAAAGCUCCCUCUGCGCUGCAGCGUAUCUCCUCGCCACCCGUGCCUCAAGCCCCAUAGGCGCACCCCGGUCCCUCAUAGUCCCCGUUUCCUUUGCCAUGUCAGUCUUCUGGAUAGCUCUGACUGCCUCUGAGCUGCUAGGCCUGCUCUCCGCCCUUGGGAUUAUCCUGCACGUGUCGCCGUCCAUCCUUGGGAUUACCGUGCUCGCCUGGGGGAACUCCGUGGGCGAUCUUGUAGCGGAUGUGACUAUAGCGAAGGCUGGGCAUCCGACAAUGGCGAUUGCCGGGUGUUUUGCUGGCCCGAUGUUUAAUCUCAUGGUCGGGGUUGGGUCGGCGUUGGCUGUCCGUAGCUGGGACUUGUACCCUGAGCCGUUGGUGUUGUAUCACCACCCUAAUGUGCUGCUGGCCCUGUGUUUUCUGCUGGGAGGAGUGCUUUCGUCCAUUGCCUUUGUGGUGUGGUCUGGGUUUAGGGUAACUAGGACCUGGGGUGUCUGCCUGAUUUGUAUGUACUUGACGUUUGUGGUUGCUGCUGUUGCAAUCGAGUCCUCAUUGCAUUGA